UAAUAAAAUUGGUGUUUUUGUAAAUAAUUCGAAUAAAAAGAAUGGUUUGGGCGGUUCCUACGCCGUAUCUUAUUGGAAGUGCAAUUGCAACUAUUGGAGGAUUCACUUUCCUCACAAAAGAUCUUCUAAAUGAAAAUCGAUAUGAAGGAAAGGGUAAAAUGACUGACAAAGUCGUCAUUGUAACUGGAGCAAAUUCAGGAAUUGGAAAAGAAACUGUACGAUCGUUGGCCAAAAGAGAAGCGAAAGUUAUCAUGGCUUGUCGAGAUUUGCAUAAAUGCGAAGCGGCUCGACAAGAACUUGUCCUCGACACUUUAAAUAAACACAUUUAUUGCAGAAAAUGUGACUUAGCGUCGCAAAAAAGUAUUCGCCAAUUUGCGGAACGCUUCAAAAAAGAAUUUAAGGAGUUACACGUCCUGAUAAAUAAUGCAGGAGUUAUGAAUUGUCCACAAGCCACUACGAAAGAUGGAAUCGAAAUGCAACUCGGUGUUAAUCACAUGGGCCAUUUUUUGCUUACAAAUUUACUCCUCGAUACUUUAAAAGCAUCAGCACCUUCGAGAAUUGUUAACGUCACGAGUGCUGCUUAUGCCCGAGGAAAAAUAAAACUGGAUGAUUUCAACAGUGAAAAAAAGUAUAAUCCUGAUGAAGCUUACAAGCAAAGUAAACUUGCCAAUGUUCUAUUUACUUUAGAAUUGGCAAAGAAAUUAAAAGGGACCGGAGUAACUGUAAAUGCAGUUUAUCCAGGAAUAAGUGACACAGAUAUUUAUCGAAACAUGAGUUAUCAUUCAAGUUUCAUUAGUUCCGUUUUUGUGAAACCUUUUACCUGGUUAUUCAUAAAAUCGGCAAGACAAGGAGCGCAACCCGUGUGGAUUGCGGCAAUCGAUCCAAAACUCAAAGACGUGACGGGCUGUUACCUCAGCAAAGGAAAACCUGCGGAAUUAUCGAAAGAAGCGAAGGACGAGAAAAUGGCAAAAUGGCUCUGGUUGACGAGUGAAAAAUGGACUAAACUCGAAACUAGCUGACAGAAUAAAAUAGGCAUUUAGUUACUGUUCUUGUUAAUUGUUUUUAUUUAUAUUUUAGUGACUUAAUAAAUAAAGAAGGAAAUUAACCUCCGUAAA